CCACUAUCAAAUAUGUUCCAUGGGAAACAACCUCCAUUAACGAAAAGUAACUUCCUUUGUUUUCCAUUGCUAUUGCAGGACAGUAAAGCAUGGAAUCUGGAAAGGUCAUCAGUUUGGAGAUGCUGAAGGAAGCUAGAGAGACUGUGAUGUCAAGUCCGUUAAGAGUCGUCAAAACUCCAUUGAUUCCCUUGCAUCAAACGACAUUACCUCUCAAUGUGGAAUGCAAUCUUUAUAUCAAGAUGGAAAAUAUGCAAAGAACCGGUUCCUUUAAAAUCAGAGGUGUGGCGAAUCAGUUUGCCAGAAGACCAAAAGGAGGUCAUUUUGUUACCAUGUCUGCCGGGAACUAUGGCAAGGCAUUUGCCUAUGCUUCACAACUCUAUGGCUGUCGAGGAAAAGUAGUGAUGCCGGAAACGGCCCCUUCAUCUAGGUCCUCUGUGAUUGCUAGUUUUGGAGUUGAAGUGGAACGCGUACCAACAACCUCUUUGCUAAAUGCUGUGGACCGUUGUGUACGAGAAGAUAAUAUGCUGUUUCUGCAUUCUUAUGAUGACAUAGACCUAAUUGCUGGGCAUGGGAGUCUUGGUUUGGAAAUCCUGGAAACCAUCCCUAACCCAGAUGUCAUAGUUGUGUGCUGUGGAGGUGGAGGAUUGCUUGCUGGGGUUGCUGCUGCCAUUAAACUUUCCAACUGUGGCAACACAAAGAUAUAUGGAGUGGAACCAGAAGGAGCCUGUACCAUGUUGAAAAGCUUUAUUGAGAAGAAGCCUGUAUCAAUGGAUACAAAAAGCAUUGCUGCUGGGCUCGCUCCCCCUGUCGCAGGUCAACUCACAUAUGAGAUUUGCAGACAGCAUGUAGAAGAGGUUGUGCUUGUCACAGAUGAGGAAAUUAAAGCUGCAGUUUCUGCUCUGUACAAGGCUGGCAUUGUGGUAGAACCUUCAGGGGCAGCGGCCUUUGCAGCCAUAACAGAGAAAAUGAUUCCAGACAUCAAAGGAAAAAAUGUAAUUGUUGUCAUAAGUGGUGGCAACAUUGGAAAAGAUGAAUUGCAAAACUUCCCUGAUUAAAUAGGUUUCCUAAUAGGUUUGUAAAAAAUGCUAUACUUUACUGGCUUCAGAGAUGGGUUUAUUGUACCAGUAAACCAUAUAAAGAAAGUUCAGGUGACAUUUUAUACAAGACAGAGAAGUACAAGACACUGAAAAAUAAAGUAAAAGGCAAAAAUA